UGCGCUGUUGGGAUGCGGACGUCGUCGAGGUCGGGCUGCGCUGCGUCCUGCCGAAGUCAUGGAAGGAAGCGGAGUGGAGGGGUGCCUGUCGAUGGAGACCUUUGCCCAGGUAGCAGAAGGAGGCGUCUCCAGCCCACAGUUCACAGCGCUCUGCUCUUGGCUGGUUUCAGAGCUCCGGACCUUUUGCCCGCUAGAAGAGGAUGUGAAUCCCACUCGCGGUCCUGAGGACGCCGAGACAUUCCAGAUCGAAGUGAACGGCCUUCUUAGCGAGCUGUUUUGUCCUUAUCCCUCGCUGACUACGGGGGACCUAAGAUCCAGACUCAGCACCCCAGAGAACUGCCUCCAGCUCCUGUAUUUCUUGAGCUCAGAGCUCCUCGCAGCUCGACUCCAGGCCCGGAAAAAGCCCUCUUCGCCUGAGCAAGGACACAGAGCUGGCGAAGCUAUGAGUGAGCUCCAGCUCAUCUGCCAGUCCCUGGGAAUGCCGGAACCGGAUCCGUCCUGCUCCAUCCGCCAGCUCAUGGCUGACGUAGAGUCCAAGAUCUCCGAGGUACUUUCUACGCUACCCCCAGAGCACCAGCAGAUGGCGCCACUCCUGAAGGUCCCGCCGACCUCUGCGGAAUGGGAAGCACUGAAGGGCAUCCAGGAGGCGCUGUGUUCGGAGUACCAGUGCCGCAAACACAUGAUGAUCACCCGUUUUGACGUCACCGUUGCGUCCUUUCAUUGGUCUGAGAGGGCAAAGGACCGUACCACAGCCAUGGCAGAGGCCUUCAAACCCUUGAGGCAGUCCUUCUCCGGGGAUUCCCAGGUCACCCUCGCCCAGCUGCUCGCAGCAAGGGAGGACUUCUCACGUAUCAUCAAGACCAGCAGCGGCUCCUCGCGGGACAAGACCAGUUGCUCCAUCAACAAGGUGCUGAUGACGGGGGGCGUCCCCGACCGGGGUGGGCGUCCAAACGAGAUCGAGGCCCCUAUGCCCACGUGGGAGAAGAGGCGGGAGGGGGGAGGCCAGCAGCGCUGGGGCAAACGGGGCAAGAAGAAGAAAAAAUAACCCCACCCACCCUUUCCAGCCUGGGGUGUGGUCAGAACUACCCUCACCUGUGGGGAACAGGUUUCAGGAAGGGAACUGUGGAGAGGGGUUGGGGGGGGGCCGACACGUUGGUGAGAAGUUCACUCCAAGCCAAUGCCAAUCUUCAGAGGUGGUUCUGUUGUUGCCUUUUCCCAAAGAUGGGGGAAAACGCAGCUUUGAAAUAAGGGUGUGAUUAUUUUAGGGUUGGAAGUAAGACGGCAGCACUGACUUUAGCAGAAGUGCGCGUGUUUAGAAAUGUCUCCCUCGCUUUUUUUUUAUUUUAAGACAAAUUAACCUUUAAGCUGUCAGACCCAGAUGUUUGUUACCGUGCGGUAACUUGGUGCCAUACGGAUUCUUCCCUGAGUUGCUUUGGAGGGGAAGGUGGAGCUGCUAAACUUCCGUUAGGUAUUUGGAAUGGGAACGCCAUCUCUGUUUUUUGGGGGUGGGGUGGGGGUGUCCUUUUUAUUUUUCUUCCAACGAGGCGAUUGCAGCCUUAACUUCCUGGAAACCGUCUGGUUAGGGUGCAGCGGUUCUUGUUCCAGGCAAAAUAAAAAAGGCCAACGGGGCAAAGACGCGGGGAAGCUACGGUCUGGAUUUCUCCCCAAGAUUUUGUUUUCCGGCUUUCGCUAGCCAAACUUGAGUGUUGGGUAGCCUUCCUUUUUUUGGAGGGUGUGGAACGAAGUAUAUAAAAGAAUCAUCAUUGAUACUGUAUUCAGUCAGAUGAGACACUACGUAGCAGCUUUUCCUAGCCUGGCAGCCUUCAGAUGUGUUGGGCUACAACUCCCAGCAUCCCCUAGCUGAGGGAUGCUGGGAGUUGUAGUCCAACACAUCUGGAGGCUGCCAGGUUGGGGAAACCUGCUAUAUCGUUAGCCAGUGUAGGAGUUGGAGCGAAUAACUCCUUUGGAUUCUAAACACACACACUCUAAGCCUGUGGGCCAUCUCCGUGGUGGCAUCAAACAGUCUGCAUUCUUUCGGUUGAAAUGGUGUAAAUUAAUGUUUCUCUCACCCAACUCCUGCUGCAAGGAGGGCAGGUGGGCAGGACUGAAAUCACAAGGCUGGAUCCAGCACAGCACCAAUGUAAUUCUUGAGAUUAAAUGUUUGCACUUGCAAUUCAAA